CCAACAGAACUGACCAACACAACUGACCACCAAGAGACUUGGCAGUUCCAACAAAAUAGACCAAUAGAACUGACCAACAAAACAGACCACCAACAGACUUGGCACUUCCAACAAAAUAGACCCACUGAACUGACAAACACCACUGACCACCAACAGACUUGGCAGUUCCAACAAAAUAGACCAACAUAA